UUUUUUUUUUUUUUUUUUUUUAAUCCCCGCACCGAGCGCUUAACCUCAUUGGGGUGGAGGAGAAGGCGGCGGCUCUCCGGUCCGCAGCGGCAACAGUAGCGAAUAAUACGACUAAUGGACUGCUGAAUUAUGAAGAAUUUCAGACCCAAUAGCAGAAACUCACUCGGUCACUCACUCCUUUAUCUCCUACUAGUUAUUUAAAUUGGACUUUUAAUAUCCUACCAGCUGCUCUUCAGACACACAUGGUGCAUUGUUGCCAUUCCCCGGAUUGCAUCUUUGAAACACAGGCUCUUAGUAACUUUCAGCGAACAAAGAGGCAACCUCCCGGGUAUAUUUCCUGGGAGGGUGUCACCCUGACUGCCCUCUAGCUUCUGCUGGAUCUGGAUUUGAAUUCCACCAUGGAGCCUCGCAUGGAGUCCUGCCUGGCACAGGUGUUGCAGAAGGAUGUGGGAAAACGACUACAGGUUGGCCAAGAACUUAUAGACUAUUUCUCAGACAAACAGAAGUCUGCUGACCUUGAACAUGACCAGACCAUGUUAGAUAAACUUGUGGAUGGGCUUGCUACCUCUUGGGUGAACUCUAGCAAUUACAAGGUGGUUCUUCUCGGCAUGGACAUCCUGUCCGCACUGGUCACCCGGCUGCAGGACCGGUUCAAGGCACAGAUUGGCACAGUGCUGCCAAGUUUAAUAGACAGACUGGGAGACGCUAAAGACUCCGUGCGAGAGCAAGACCAGACUCUGCUGCUGAAGAUCAUGGAUCAAGCUGCUAAUCCCCAGUAUGUGUGGGACCGAAUGCUGGGAGGCUUCAAGCACAAGAAUUUCCGGACUCGGGAAGGCACGUGCCUCUGCCUUGUUGCCACACUCAAUGCCUCUGGAGCACAUACUUUAACACUAAGCAAGAUUGUGCCACAUAUAUGUAAUUUACUUGGAGAUCCAAACAGCCAGGUUCGAGACGCAGCAAUAAACAGCUUAGUGGAGAUUUACAGACACGUGGGAGAACGUGUGAGGGCAGACCUCAGUAAGAAAGGAUUGCCGCAGUCCCGGUUGAAUGUAAUUUUUACAAAAUUUGAUGAAGUCCAAAAAUCUGGAAACAUGAUACAGUCAGCAAACGAUAAAAAUUUUGAUGAUGAAGAUUCUGUGGAUGGUAAUAGACCUUCCUCUGCUAGUUCUACAUCAUCCAAAGCUCCGCCCAGCUCACGGAGAAAUGUUGGAAUGGGGACCACCCGCCGGCUUGGGUCAUCCACUCUGGGAUCCAAGUCUUCAGCUGCAAAAGAAGGAGCUGGUGCUGUCGAUGAAGAGGACUUUAUUAAAGCAUUUGAUGAUGUACCUGUCGUGCAGAUUUAUUCCAGCCGAGACCUUGAGGAAUCCAUAAACAAGAUUAGGGAAAUAUUAUCUGAUGACAAGCAUGAUUGGGAGCAAAGAGUAAAUGCUCUAAAAAAGAUAAGAUCUUUACUUUUGGCUGGUGCGGCUGAGUAUGAUAACUUCUUUCAACAUUUGCGUCUUUUGGAUGGAGCCUUUAAACUCUCUGCUAAGGACCUGCGGUCUCAGGUAGUGCGGGAGGCUUGUAUCACCUUGGGGCAUCUGUCAUCAGUUCUGGGAAAUAAGUUUGAUCAUGGAGCUGAAGCCAUUAUGCCAACUAUCUUUAAUUUAAUUCCAAAUAGUGCCAAAAUUAUGGCCACUUCUGGUGUUGUAGCUGUUAGGUUAAUCAUUCGGCACACACACAUCCCAAGGCUAAUACCUGUCAUAACAAGCAACUGUACCUCUAAGUCUGUCGCAGUUAGAAGGCGCUGUUUUGAAUUUUUAGAUUUACUUUUACAAGAGUGGCAGACACAUUCACUGGAACGACAUAUAUCAGUAUUAGCCGAAACAAUAAAGAAGGGAAUACAUGAUGCGGAUUCUGAAGCAAGGAUAGAAGCCAGAAAGUGCUACUGGGGUUUUCACAGUCACUUCAGCAGAGAAGCAGAGCACCUGUACCACACCCUCGAGUCCUCCUACCAGAAAGCCCUGCAGUCCCACCUGAAGAACUCCGACAGCAUCGUGUCUCUGCCGCAGUCCGACCGCUCAUCCUCCAGCUCUCAGGAGAGUCUGAACCGACCGCUCUCUGCCAAAAGAAGUCCUACUGGAAGCACCACCUCUAGAGCUUCUACAGUUAGUACCAAAUCCGUGUCAACGACUGGGUCCCUCCAGCGGUCUCGAAGCGAUAUUGAUGUGAACGCAGCAGCCAGUGCCAAGUCCAAGGUGUCCUCGGCCUCGGGCGCUACGCCUUUCAGCUCUGCAGCGGCCUUGCCUCCCGGGUCAUACGCAUCCUUAGAGUCCAGACACGUGAGGGAAGAUACGGAGUCCAUAGGCCUUGACGCAGAUGGUACUUCCACUAAAGCGGAGGGUCGGAUCCGCACGAGACGGCAGAGCUCCGGGAGCGCCACCAAUGUCGCCACCACACCUGACAAUCGAGGCCGUAGUCGCGCCAAAGUGGUUUCACAGUCCCAGCGAUCCAGAUCUGCUAAUCCUGCUGGUGCUGGCAGCCGGUCAAGUUCCCCAGGGAAAUUGUUGGGAAGUGGUUAUGGUGGCCUUGCUGGGGGUUCCUCAAGAGGCCCACCUGUGACCCCCUCUUCAGAAAAACGAAGCAAGAUUCCCAGGAGUCAGGGAUGUAGCCGAGAAACAAGUCCAAACCGAAUAGGAUUAGCACGGAGCAGCCGUAUCCCUCGACCCAGCAUGAGUCAGGGGUGCAGCCGUAAUACCAGCUGUGAGAGCAGCCGCGAUACGAGCCCCGCUCGGGGCUUUCCUCCACUCGACCGGUUUGGGCUUGGCCAGGCAGGAAGAGGACCUGGCUCUGUGAAUGCCAUGCGAGUUCUGAGCACGAGUACAGACCUUGAGGCUGCUGUUGCUGAUGCUUUGCUGUUAGGAGACUCCAGGAGCAAGAAGAAGCCUGUGAGGAGGAGGUACGAGCCAUAUGGGAUGUACUCUGAUGACGACGCCAACAGCGACGCCUCAAGUGUUUGCUCUGAGCGCUCAUACGGCUCCAGGAACGGUGGCAUUCCCCAUUAUCUGCGGCAGACGGAGGACGUGGCGGAAGUUCUCAACCACUGUGCCAGUUCCAACUGGUCAGAAAGGAAAGAAGGGCUCCUAGGCCUGCAGAACUUACUGAAGAGCCAAAGAACACUGAGUCGAGUAGAAUUGAAAAGACUGUGUGAGAUCUUCACCCGAAUGUUUGCUGACCCUCACAGCAAGAUUGCUGAUUCAGAACCAGAAUGUGAGGAUAAAGAAGGAAAUUUGUUUCCAUCAGAAGGCUCUUGUACAAGAGUUUUCAGUAUGUUUUUGGAGACUCUUGUGGAUUUUAUAAUAAUUCAUAAGGAUGACUUGCAAGACUGGCUUUUUGUUCUUCUCACACAAUUACUUAAGAAAAUGGGAGCAGACUUACUUGGAUCUGUGCAGGCAAAAGUUCAGAAGGCUCUAGAUGUCACCAGGGACUCCUUUCCGUUUGAUCAACAGUUUAACAUUUUGAUGAGAUUUAUUGUGGAUCAAACUCAAACUCCUAACCUCAAGGUCAAAGUUGCAAUCCUGAAGUACAUUGAGUCCCUCGCUCGGCAGAUGGAUCCAACAGAUUUUGUAAACUCUAGUGAGACGAGGCUUGCUGUUUCUAGAAUUAUAACCUGGACGACAGAACCAAAGAGUUCAGACGUGAGAAAGGCAGCACAAAUUGUGCUGAUCUCUCUGUUUGAAUUGAACACUCCUGAAUUUACCAUGUUACUUGGUGCCUUGCCAAAAACAUUCCAGGAUGGUGCCACCAAACUCCUGCAUAACCACCUCAAGAACGCUAGUAACACCAGUGUGGGCUCUCCGAGCAAUACAAUUGGCCGAACUCCCUCCCGACACACCAGCAGCAGGACCAGCCCCCUGACCUCACCCACCAACUGUUCCCAUGGGGGCCUAUCUCCCAGUCGGUUGUGGGGUUGGAGUGCCGAUGGCCUAUCGAAGCACCCACCUCCCUUUUCUCAGCCCAACUCCAUUCCCACCGCUCCCUCCCACAAGACUCUCAGGCGCUCUUACUCUCCCAGCAUGCUGGAGUAUGAUACAGAGAACCUGAACUCUGAAGAAAUUUAUAGUUCUCUGCGUGGAGUUACGGAAGCCAUUGAAAAGUUUAGUUUUCGAAGCCAAGAGGAUCUGAAUGAGCCAAUUAAACGAGAUGGCAAGAAGGACUGUGAUAUUGUGUCCCGUGAUGGUGGAGUUGCCUCGCCUGCCACUGAAGGCCGGGGCGGCAGCGAUGUGGUGGAGGGAGGCAGAACAGCUCUGGAUAACAAGACGUCCCUCCUCAACACCCAGCCUCCCCGCGCCUUCCCAGGGCCCCGGGUGCGAGACUACAAUCCGUACCCCUACUCCGACACCAUCAACACCUAUGACAAGACAGCCCUGAAGGAGGCCGUGUUUGAUGAUGACAUGGAGCAGCUUCGAGAUGUGCCCAUUGACCAUUCGGACUUGGUGGCUGACCUUCUGAAAGAGCUGUCCAACCACAACGAGCGGGUGGAGGAGCGGAAAGGCGCCCUGCUGGAGCUGCUCAAGAUCACGCGCGAGGACAGCCUGGGCGUGUGGGAGGAGCACUUCAAGACCAUCCUGCUCCUGCUGCUGGAGACGCUCGGGGACAAAGACCAUUCCAUCCGAGCACUAGCACUGAGGGUUUUACGAGAAAUUCUGAGGAACCAGCCAGCAAGAUUUAAAAACUACGCCGAGCUGACCAUUAUGAAGACUCUGGAAGCCCAUAAAGAUUCCCAUAAGGAGGUAGUGAGAGCGGCUGAGGAGGCGGCGUCCACGCUGGCCAGCUCUAUCCACCCAGAGCAGUGCAUCAAAGUUCUCUGUCCCAUCAUCCAAACAGCCGACUACCCUAUCAACCUCGCCGCCAUCAAGAUGCAGACCAAAGUCGUCGAGAGGAUCGCCAAGGAGUCCUUGCUGCAGCUCCUCGCUGACAUCAUCCCAGGCUUGCUACAGGGCUAUGACAACACCGAAAGCAGUGUACGUAAGGCCAGCGUGUUUUGCUUAGUGGCAAUUUAUUCCGUAAUUGGAGAAGAGCUGAAACCUCACCUCGCGCAGCUCACGGGGAGCAAGAUGAAGCUACUAAACUUAUAUAUAAAGAGGGCCCAAACCACGAACAGCAACAGCAGCUCCUCCUCCGACGUGUCCACACACAGCUAAUGCAGCACCACAGUCUCUUCGUGUAGCCCUAGAAGCAAUCGGUGGUGCCUCUCAGAGACCCUCCCCGACCCUCCCCCUCAUCGGCUGCCCAGUCAGUACAAGGAGGCCCGCAAAUAUUUAUUACAAUCAGUAUUUUGGUCCCUUUCAGCUUUUGUGUAGAAUCUUACUGGUAUUGAAUGUAAAGGAAGCAAGGCCUGUAUUACAAUCUUCAUACAAAGCAAAUGGAAUAAGAAAAGAGCCAUACGUGAACACGUCUUGUACAGUCUGCUGAGAUCACAAAACCAUGUGUGUGGGGCGCAAUUUCAAAAAAAUUAGAGCUCUCUAGCCAAUACUUGGUAGAAAGUAGCAUUUUCUCUUAGUUAAUAACAUUGGAGGAGGGUAUGUUAAUUUGUGCUUCUCUCUCAUCCUCGCUUACUUCCUUCUGGAUACGGCCUGUGACGCCAGGACAGGGUCGUACGUCUUUGAGUUGUACUGUGAGACCUACUAAGAAUGUGAGUCCAGUCUUGGCAAGAAAGAGAGAAAAGCCUGAAGACAGUCUUGUAACAAGCACAUGGGAUUUUGCUUGUACACGAUCUAGACUGGAGGCCCAGGGCCCCCUCCGCAGGCUCCUUCCAGGACAGGCUCCCCGCCCCUCCGAACACUCCACUCUCACUAUCCCCACCCGGAGCUUCCAGUUGAAAUCUUUCUUCUGUUUCAAUCCAAACUCAAAAAUCAAGGUAAAUCUGUAGCAGCCAUCAUGGGUGCCUAACGUGGCAUUUCAUGAAGCGUGGAAGGUACAAGAGAAAGGGGUGUGUGAGUGUGUAUGUGUG